AUGUCGACAAGGGUGACUGAAAGUAUUCACAGGUUGCUCUCCUCCUUCAGAUCUCUUGACUCUCUGUUGGAAUCUUCAGGAGUGGAACACAAACACGAAUCACUCAAUGUUCUCAAAGGUUAUCUUGUAAAUAGAAGGAAUAGCGAAUUGAUGGAGUGUAUUCUCUUCAUCAGAAAUUGUAAUAAUAAUGUAUAUACUGUAGAUAGUUUCAUAGAAUUUUAUAGAGAGUUUAUCAAUGUAAAUAGUAACAAGUCCUUGAAUUUACCAAGCCAAGCAAUUCAACAAGCUUUUGAUCUCUAUCAACAAUUAACCUGUACAAAAGUCAUUUCAAAUCAUCAAUUAAUUUCACUCAAGAUUGAAUCAAUUAUAAAGAAUAUUUUCAAUCUUAUUGAGUAUCAGAUAGAUAUUGAAAUAUUACCACAAUUCAGAAAGUCAACUGAAUACAAGACAUAUAUUUUAGAGAAAGUCAUCGAGUUGGGAAGUGAUAAUCCGCAACAACCAUCUGGUUUAUCUUCUUCACAGAGGGGAAGUUGCCAUGACUUGACAGCACAUUUAGAUGAUGCACUUUCGGAUUCUGAUCAAGAUCAGCUCGAUAAGUCAACAACUAUCGAACAUAUGUUAAAGGAGGGUAACAUGUUGGAACAUCUCAAAGCAUUCCAAAAGAAAAAAUUAAUUCAUCUCUAUCAGAUUAAAGACUUUACAACGCAAGAUCUAAAAGACAAGAUUGGUAUUAAAAAGAUUGGACAUUUGAAAAGAAUUGUACGUCUAGUUAAUCAACAUUUCAAUAAUAAACCCAACGAUCUUUCAUUGUAUUGGUUUGGCUCAUUCUCUUUUCACAUUUUGUUCCUAACAUUUCUCAUUGAGAAAGAAUGUAUUCAGUCUCAAUUAGAUUCUGAUUGA